AUGGUGGCCAGGUCCGGGAUAGAGGAUUCCACCACCAUCUCAGCUGUUCUCACCACUCGCUGCAAGUCCUUCUUUUCAGCAGCUGUGCAGACUCUGUACCAUGAUGUGCAGCAGAGGAGCCCUUCCAUCUGGACCGUCCCUCUCUCUCAGAGCGCGCUCACGACUCACUCCAAUGACGCUGCGCGCUCCCGUGGCCCACACACAACAGUCGCUAGAGACGCUGCUGGAGUGGAGACAGGACAAGUGCACUCAGCCACUACAUCCAACCUAUAUGGGACCGAACAGCGACGUGGAGCGAACACCGAGAAUCCUCACCACACCAGCCCGCUUUGGGAGGCUCUGAGCUCGGGAGAGACGAUGCUCAAGGCGGGGGUCUCCCCGGGCACUGGGCACGAUGUGGAGGUUAGGUGUGUGGUGGUGCUGUGGGGGCUGGUGGUUCGCGGGGAGCUUGAAUCAGAGACGGACUUAGGGAGACUUCCCCCGCCGGAAAAGUUGGAUUUCGGCUACGUCCCCGCGGGAGUUUACGAGACUCUGGCCCAUUACGAACCGGGACCAAUCGGGAUUCUGUUUCAGCUGGUGCACGCUUUUCUACACGUGGUACAGCCCAACCCGUUUCCACACGAUCUUGCUGUGACAUUGGCCAAGGAUAAGUUUGUUGCUUUCCAGAAGGAGUAUCGACAGCCAGAGAACAUAGUGCUGACCCUUCAGGUGAUCUACUAUGAGAUCGGCUUCGUGGUGUGUGCCGCCCUGGGCCUCCUCUUCACCGUCCUGGUUCCGUUGGUGGGCCUGUUCUUCUGCCUGUGCCGGUGCUGUGAUAACUGUGGAGGAGAGAUGCACCAGAGGCAGAGGAAGAACGCAGACUGCAGGAGGGGGGUGCUGGGGACCCUCCUCUUCUCCACCUCGCUGGUCAUCACGAUUGGAGUUUUGUGUGCCUAUGCCUCCAACCAGACCCUGAGCUCGCAGGUGAAGAACAUCCGCAGAUUGGUCAAUACCAACAUGAGGGACCUGCACACCUUUGCCAAUGAUACACCAAUGCAAAUCGAUUACCUGAUCUCCCAGUACGCCACUGCUAAGAACAAAGUCAUCUACGACCUGGAUAACAUUGGCCCAUUACUCGGGGGAAGGAUACACGGUCAGCUGGAUAAGGAGGUGCACCCCGCCCUGAACCGAGUGCUCAAUAUGGCUGGAGCCAUGCGGGAGACUAAAGAGGCUCUGGAGAAUGUGAGCGGCUCUCUGGUCAUAUUAAAAGACGGCACAGGUAAACUAAAUUUUAACCUGAGCCUGGUACGCACCAGUAUAAACCGCACCCUCAACGACCCGGGCUGUUACGAUGAGGGGUCUGAUGCCACCACCGCCCAACUGUGCCGCAACAUACGCCAGUCUCUGUCCCAACUGCAGAUCAGCGCCAACUUCACACGGUUACCCAAUGUCAGACCUCAACUGGAAAAGGUGAAAGAAGUAUUAAAAACAAACCUCAGUGAAAUAGUCCACAGGGGGUACUCAUCUUUAAACGACACGCCCCAUAUGGUGAUAGAGCAGACCAGAAGUGUGGUAGAAAGUGUACGGAGUUUGGUGGACGACAUUGGCAAAAACAUCACAAAGUUUUCCAAAGUGUUCCCGGUACAGAGCAGCCUGUCCAACUUCACCAUCUUCAUAAGCCACGCCCACGCCAAAAUCGAGGACUACUACCCGGAAAUCGAUCAGAUGGACUUUUACAGAUGGGCUGCGUGCAUUGGCCUGUGCUGUAUGAUAGUUCUGGUGCUGGCCUUUAACUACCUGGGCCUGCUGUGUGGAACUCUGGGAUACGACAAACAUGCGUCUCCCACAACAAGAGGCUGCAUCUCCAACACAGGAGGAACUAUGCUCAUGGCUGGAGUCGGCUUCAGCUUCCUGUUCUCAUGGGUGCUCAUGGGAGUGGUCACCGUCAUCUUUGUGACUGGAGGGAACAUGGAGAAACUGGUGUGUGAAGCCUUCCACACCAAAGAGCUCUUUAAGGUGGUGGACACUCCAUAUCUUAUCAACCCCGAGUGGAAAAACUUCCUCCCUGGAUACAUCUACAGAGACCCUGAGCUGGAUCUGACUGUGGAGAGCUUUUACAGCACCUGUAAAGAGAACAAAGGGAUCUACUCGGCUCUGCGCUUGGAUAAACUUUUCAACAUCACCUCCUUCCUCAACACUUCAGAUUUUACUAAGGAUGUGGUGGAGGAGCUGGACACAGUGAAGAUUGACCUGAGGACCAUUAUGCUCUUGGAAGCAGAAGGAAAAAGGAAUCUUCUGGAUUUUUCCGAGGCGGGGCUGUCUGAAAUCAACCAUGCAGACUACCUUGAGGAGGUCAACAAAGGAGUCACUGUAGUGGAUGUACUAUCAUAUGCAAGAGAGUUGGAGGCCCAAACAGACCUGAUGCCUCGUAGCCCUCUUCAGAGCUCUCUGAAGGGCCAUAUCGGAACACUGCGUCAAAUCCACACUCAGCAGAUCGUCCCUAUGGAGCAGACCAUGAGUGCCUUGAAUCAGAGUAUGAGGUACCUGGAGAGAACGACAUCAGACCUACCAAACAAAGUUUUAGCUGUUCUAGAAGCGAUUGACACGGCUCAGUUCCUGAUCUCGCAGAAUGCUUCAAACAUGAUCCGCCAGGAAACCAAAAAGUACACAGCGACCAUUGUGGGCUACUUCAAUCAAUACAUAGAAUGGGUCAAGAUGUCCCUAAUGGAAGAAGUCGCACAGUGCAAGCCUUUUAGCAACAUCCUGGACACGGCUGAAAUUUUUACCUGCAGUUUCCUGGUUGACUCAAUGAAUGCAUUCUGGAUGGGCCUGGGCUGCAGUACUCUGUUCCUGCUCCCGAGUAUCAUCCUGGCUGUCAAACUGGCCAAGUACUACCGUCGCAUGGACACAGAGGAUGUUUACGAUGACAUUGAAACUAUUCCCAUGAAAACUAUGGAAAUUGGUAAUAAUGGUUAUCAAUGCGAGCUUGCACAAGGUAUCCCAAACCCAAUGAUGAUGAGCAUCCCCUCCUAUGACACUAUGAACAGGUUUCCCCGGGCCUCCGCUCCCCCCAGACACAUCGACUGGUGAAUAGUGCUUCGGAAAGGGCCCCGGAAAACUUAAACUAAAUAACACAGUGCUUUUUACCUUGGAAGACAUGACACCAGAGAAGUCAGGACUUAAAGAGGACACUCCAAGUAAUUUUAGUAACACUCCACGCUUCCUCCAAACCACUCCACAACUGGAUAACUACUAUUAUCCAAGACUUUGUAAUUGGAACUCAUUUGGUGUCGAUCUGAGCCAGACUGCUGCAUUUACAUCAGCGAUGGAUUCAAAAGCACCUGAAGCCACAAGAGAAGACUUAACUUUACACAGACACUCAAGUUAUGUGAUGCAAGCUUAUAGUGGAAAUGCGAUAUUUUUCAGGACAAACUUCUGGAGUCAAUGGACUUGUUGGACACACUGGAAAUCAUAGAGAAUAUAGCGUGGUGGCACAAAUGUAUUCACUACAUUUAGCAACACAUGAUGAAAUGUUUACAAUGUUAGCUUGGACAGAGCUAGUUUGGGGCUCAUGUAAUAAUGUCUGUCUGCCUGCUGAACCGGAUUGAGUUCAGUGGACUGGUAUGAACCUAGACUAGCAAUGUAAACAAAAUAUAUACAGUUAUUGUAUAUAUUUACUGGUUCAAAUAAGUUACUGAAUUUCUAUCCACAAAGACGCAUUCAAUAUUAGGGAGGGUAUAGCCUACUAAUCAAAUAACAGCAUGAGUACGUGGUCGUUUUUAAAGGUUUUUCUCCUUAUCAUUUUUACUUGACCCUAGAACUUGGGUUAACUGAAAGAGUUUAAGUGUUUAGUCCCUAAACACUUAAACUCCACCCACAACCACAUUUCAAGUAGAGCUGUUUCACUGGGCAAUACCUGGAGGACUAAACAAAGGAGUGAGAGAGCAGGAGGGACAGCGUGGCGCGUGACAGAUACUUAGAUUUAGGCUUUUUUUUUUUUUCUUAACUAGAAAGCCACAAAUUGACCUAGUUUACACUAAAGUUGCCAAAAAUUGAUUGCAAGUAAAUGAUGCUAUAAAACCUUUUUCCUCCAGUGAGCUUCUUCUAAAAAAUGAAAAUGCCAGAGAGCUACUAGUUUUAGUAAUCACAAGAAAUUGAGCAUAUAACAGUGUUUCCCGCAGGGCUUUAUAGUUAGGGUGGCCAUCUGGACAACAAUUGCCCUCCAUCUUGACUACAUAUCCCUCCAAACCACAUGAAUCCUCGCUAAACUAUGGUCGUUGUGCGCUGGUCUUCACUUUUCACCUCCCCCAUAGAUGCCUAUAAAACAUAAACCAUGUACAAUAGUAACAGACAUUUAAUUAAUCAAAUUUUACUUAUUCAGCACAAUAAGUAUAAUUCAGAAAUCCCUUGGUGAGCUAUUUGGAAGGGGGUGGAGAGCACCAGUAGCUCCCGAGCUACAGGUUGGAGACCCCUGCUGUAAAACAUUGUAAAAAGUGGAUUUAGUGCUUAGUUUAGUUCCACUUUAAAUCUUGGUUAUAAACUAGCAAAUGUGUUGAAGGUUAUUGAAGCUCCUGGCCAGUUUUCUUAUAUAUUAUACCAACUGAGCACAAAAAGCAGCGCUUAUAGACAAACCUGUCAAAGACUAAAUGGAAAAAAUAUGAAACGUCCAUCUCACUGCUGUGUUUUAGGUGCUUAGUGUUAAUUUCACCAACACACCAAUAUUGCAGAAUAAUAUUAACAUAAUUUUUAAGACUUACAGGGGGUCUCAGGUGUUUAGUUCACAAUCCUAUUAUGUGUUUGUUAUGGAAGCAGCUUUACACAAAUCUGUUGAACUUCUAAAUUUAUUCAAAGCCAUUGUGUUUUCUACUGCUCUGAUUGUGUUAGCUGGGCUUUGUAUGCUGAAUCGUAUCUGUAACGCAUUGGGGAAAAAAAAACAAACAAACAAUCUCGCCAGUCCCUGACCACGCCGUCUAUGUUUACAAUCUACAUUUGUAAUUACAGAGGGAAAGUUGACAAUCCAUUUGAUGUGAUAGUGUUGUCAGUCAAUCAAAGAGGACGCUUGUAGAAAUAUGCUUUAGCUUCACAUGUGAUGACACUGCACACAGAGAAAGCAUAGCCAUACUUUUUCAUUAUGUUAUACGGUGAUUUAUCUUAACCAAGCUGACCUAUUUUUUUAGUUACACAUUUUAUUGUAGCAACAUUAAAGGCCCUGUGACUGAUUUUUGUUCCAUGCAAAAUUUGUCAUGUCCCCGUACAGAUGUAUUGUAUAGCAGUACUUGAAGUCAUAAUGUCUGCUGCGUGCUGUCCAUAUCUAAUUAUAAAGCAUUUUAUUGUCCAAGAAUCAGGAAGUGGUUAGCAUGAGUUAUUGUUAGCUUUACAAUAGGGGCAAAUUUCCGCUCUGGCCUCGUGGUGAAUGAUUACGAUGCUAGGAAUGCAUAAGGUAAGUGAUGAACAACUUUGGACCACUGCAAACUGUUUAAAAUGAAGUAAUUCUGUUUUUCACAUGCAGUAUUUAGGAUAGUACAAAUCGGCUUUAAGCCAUCACUCAAAAAAGUAGGAUAUUUUUAUUUGUUUCCAUAGCGACUAACAUUAACUUUCCGAUUGGUAUGUUUUCUCUGUGUGCCAUGAGUAGUCACAAGACGAUAAUGUAAAUGUUUUAUGAAGUGCUUUACUGUAGAUACAGGGAGUAUCCACAUGCUAAAGGACUGCCACUGUGUUGUGUGGCUUUCUGUCAUAAAUGGACUGAAAAGUGCAGCUCCAAAGCUCAGCACUAGAGGAAAAGAUGUAUAUGAGGAAGGAAAACUGUGCAAAUUGUGAAUAAAAAAAAGAAACAUUUCAUUCACUACAGAAAUGUGUGCUUUUGUUGUUGCCAUGCCGUGUAGAGUUGUGAGUUUGAUUCCUGUCCAAAGCAAAUACAGUCGACUGUUAUGUUUUACAAAAUGUCUGGAUGGAUGGUUCACUGCAGUCCAGUUAUUUUAACACCACUUUACUACUGUUAUUUUUUUUACUACUGUUAUUCAUGUUGGGUUUAAAUAUCUAAUGAGGACAUUACAUUGAUAUUAAUUUCUUGAAAACUGAUCCUACUAAUAUCCAGGACCUGAUUUUUGUCCUCAUAAAAGGAGGCACUGCCCA